UUCUCGGUGUUGUCACAUCAGGAGCUGCUGCACAGAUUUUUUUUUUCUUCUUCUUCUUCUUCUCGGUGUGAUGACUGCGCAGAGUGAAGAAGAGACACCUCUUAUAACAGAGCGUACUUAGAUGAAAUGCUGUAGAUAGUUAUUAAUUUACAGUCGCGAUGUCCGGGCUCUCCUGCCUCCCCGCCGCCCUGCUCCUCCUGCUGCUGUCCUCCUGCGGUCCUGCUCGGGGAUAUUUCGCCGAGGAGCGCUGGAACCCCGAGUCUCCGCUGCUCGCCCCCCGGGUCCUCCUCGCCCUCGUCUGCAGGAACUCCGAGCACUCUUUGCCGUAUUUCCUCGGCACCAUUGAGCGUCUCAACUACCCGAAGGACCGUAUGGCUCUGUGGGUAGCAACUGAUCAUAACGAGGACAACACCACCGCCAUUCUGCGCGACUGGCUUGUCAAGGUGCAGAACCUUUACCAUUAUGUGGAGUGGAGGCCAAAAGAGGAACCCAGGCGUUAUCGGGAUGAAGAGGGUCCGAAGCAGUGGACAGACACCCGUUAUGAGCACGUAAUGAAACUUCGCCAAGUAGCACUGGAGUCAGCUCGCGAGAUGUGGGCGGACUACUUUAUGUUGGUGGACUGUGACAACCUCCUCACCAAUCCAGAUGUGCUCUGGAAGCUCAUGAAAGAGAAUAAGACCAUCAUCGCUCCAAUGCUUGAAUCCCGUGCAGCCUAUUCAAACUUCUGGUGUGGAAUGACCUCCCAGGGUUACUAUAAGCGCACCCCUGCCUACAUACCUAUGAGGAAGUUUGUGCGUAAGGGCUGUUUUGCAGUUCCCAUGGUCCACUCCACCUUCUUGAUAGACCUGAGGAAAGAGGCGUCCAGACAGCUUGCCUUUCACCCGCCACACCCAGAAUACAGCUGGGCUUUUGAUGACAUCAUUGUGUUUGCCUUCUCUGCCCGGAUGGCAGAUGUCCAAAUGUUUGUGUGUAAUAAGGAGAACUAUGGUCACCUUCCCGUUCCUCUGCGAGCCCACAAUACUUUACAGGACGAAGCUGACAGCUUCUUACACUCCUUGCUGGAGGUAAAUGUGCGAAAUCCACCAGUGAUGCCCUCCAAAUACAUACCUGCUCCUAGAAAACAACCUGACAAAAUGGGCUUCGAUGAGGUGUUUAUGAUAAACCUGAAAAGGCGCACUGACCGCCGAGAUCGUAUGCUGAGGACAUUAUAUGAACAGGAGAUUGCAUGUAAGGUCAUUGCAGCUGUAGAUGGAAAAGCGAUGAAUAUCAGUGAAGUUCAAGCUAUGGGCAUCCACAUGCUCCCUGGCUACAGUGACCCCUAUCAUGGUCGCCCACUGACAAAGGGAGAGCUGGGAUGCUUCCUCUCCCACUAUAACAUCUGGAAAGAGAUUGUGGAACGAGGCCUGGACACCUCCCUGGUGAUUGAAGACGAUCUGCGCUUUGAGAUCUUCUUCAAACGCCGCUUGAUGAACUUGAUGAGGGAGGUGGAGGAAGAAGGACUGGACUGGGAUCUCAUUUACAUUGGUCGCAAGAGAAUGCAAAUAGAUCACCCAGAGAAAGCAGUGCCUAACAUACACAACUUGGUGGAAGCGGACUAUUCAUACUGGACACUUGGUUAUAUGAUAUCGUCACAAGGUGCAAUGAAGCUUUUGAAAGCAGAACCACUCAAGAAGAUUUUGCCGGUGGAUGAGUUUCUUCCUAUCAUGUUCAAUAAACAUCCUGUGUCUGAUUAUAUGGAACAGUUUGAAACCAGGAACCUGAAGGCAUUUUCAGCCGAGCCUCUUCUAGUGUAUCCAACACACUACACGGGCGACAACGGGUACAUCAGCGACACUGAGACCUCCACAGUGUGGGAUAACGACAAGGUCCGUACAGACUGGGACAGAGCGCGCUCAGGAAAAACUCAUGAGCAGGCAAAGAUCAGCACUGAGGCCCAGAACUCGGAUGUGCUCCAGUCGCCUUUAGACAGUACAGCUCGGGAGGAGCUAUGAGAGGAACUGAAUGAGACCCUUGGAUUUAGAGCUGUAUAGGACAAACCCCCUCAAUUAAUUAAUCAUGUUUCAUCCUUGAUGAUUUGAUUUUGCAUCACAGCUGGGAUGUGGCACGUUAAAAAGGGAUCAGGGUUGUCCUGUGUUUUCUGUCACGUGGUCUGUUUGUAGUUUUUAUUUCGUAAAGGCACUAGACUUGCCGUUUGGAAUGGCAUUUGCAGUACCCACCUUCUGUCUGUCAUACAGAAAUGAACAUAUACACUCACAAAGAAAGCGGCCGUUACAAUUUUAGUCAGUCCUAAUUUGACAUUACAAUGUGAAAUGCUCACAAAUUAAUUUAGCCUCAGUGACACUGAGCAAAACCGGGACUUUCAACUGGUAAUCAUUCUAAAUCCAUUGGUUUUUUUAUGUGAAAUGUCCACAAGGGAAAAACAUCUGCAUGAUUUUUUUUUUUGCUUUGAUCUUCAGUAGUGUCUCUCUCUAAACUUCACUUUGCUGUGUUAAUUAUAAUAAUUAGCCAACACUUGCUUGCAGCAGAACGUAACCAAAGUGAUAAAACACACAUGCAGCUGCUCAGAAUCAUAGAUUUACUGUGCUGCUGUGGAUUAUGUACCAAUGCAAUUUGUUAUCCCUGCGUCCCACAACUUUUGGGUUGUUUGCAGACUAAUGGCGCCAACGAGCUUCUGACAUGAUUAUAGACGGGACAAACUACUGUACACACCUCGAACUUGGUGGUUUUGGGAGGAACGUGGUUAUAAACAUUUUUAAAGUUCCCCCAAAAAGAACCCACCAGACCACAUCCCAUACACGCUCUCACACUUUUAAUUACUCUUACACUUAAAUCUAACUUGGUUUUUCUGGGUGGACAAGACUUGAUAAUACACCACUGCAACAGAUGUAGCGUUUGGAUCUUACUCUCUUGCAGAUUAUUUAUUCUGUCAUGUUUUUGCCUUAAAUGGUUUCAUGAAGUCUCCCCGGAAGUUGAUUUUUGUAGGGUGCUGAUGGGAGCCUUUCACCAAUGAAUGUUAGAGUUGCAUUGUGCCAACAAGAAAUAAAAUGUUUUAUUUUUAAAAAACA